AUUCCAGAUCAGGGAGUAUCGAAACAAAAGCCUCCAUUGUCCUCGUUCUCUUCUCCUUGUGCUUUCUCUCUCUCUCUCUUGCUCUCUUUCUCUUUCUCUUUCUCUUUCUCUCCGACGACAGGUUCCUGAAGCUCGACCAGCCAAGGGCAUUGAUCUAGGUAAGCGCUGAAUAAGAUGUCUAUGGUUGACGAGCCGCUUUAUCCAAUAGCUGUUCUUAUUGACGAGCUGAAGAAUGACGACAUUCAGCUACGGUUGAACUCCAUUCGGAGACUUUCCACAAUUGCACGUGCUCUUGGAGAGGAGCGAACCCGUAAAGAGUUGAUCCCAUUUCUGAGUGAAAACAAUGAUGACGAUGAUGAAGUACUUCUUGCAAUGGCUGAGGAGUUGGGAGUGUUCAUCCCUUAUGUUGGUGGAGUUGAGCAUGCCCAUGUUUUGCUUCCACCUCUAGAAACUCUGUGCACCGUUGAGGAGACAUGCGUGAGAGACAAAGCUGUGGAGUCAUUGUGCAGAAUUGGAUCUCAGAUGAGAGAGAGUGAUUUAGUUGAUUGGUUCAUUCCUCUCGUUAAGAGAUUGGCAGCUGGUGAAUGGUUUACAGCUAGAGUAUCUGCAUGUGGGCUAUUUCAUAUUGCCUACCCCAGUGCUCCAGAAAUGUUGAAGACUGAGUUGCGGUCAAUAUAUGGCCAAUUGUGUCAAGAUGACAUGCCCAUGGUUAGGAGGUCUGCUGCAACAAACCUAGGAAAAUUUGCUGCGACAAUCGAACCUGCUCAUCUGAAAACAGAUAUUAUGACAAUAUUUGAGGAUCUUACACAAGAUGAUCAAGAUUCUGUAAGAUUGCUGGCUGUUGAGGGUUGUGCUGCUUUGGGCAAGUUAUUGGAACCUCAAGAUUGUGUUUUGCAUAUCCUUCCAGUUAUCGUAAACUUCUCUCAGGAUAAGUCUUGGCGUGUGCGUUAUAUGGUUGCAAACCAGCUCUACGAAUUGUGUGAAGCUGUAGGACCUGAACCAACUAGGACGGAUUUGGUACCUGCUUAUGUGCGCUUGCUUCGAGACAAUGAAGCUGAAGUUCGUAUUGCAGCUGCUGGCAAAGUGACCAAGUUUUGCCGGAUUUUAAGUCCAGAACUGGCAAUUCAGCAUAUUCUUCCCUGCGUGAAGGAAUUGUCAUCAGAUUCCUCUCAGCAUGUCCGUUCAGCUUUAGCCUCAGUUAUCAUGGGAAUGGCUCCUGUGUUGGGAAAGGACGCUACCAUUGAACAGCUGCUCCCAAUAUUCCUUUCUCUGCUUAAGGAUGAAUUUCCUGAUGUGCGCCUUAACAUCAUUAGCAAGCUUGAUCAAGUAAAUCAGGUUAUAGGAAUUGAUCUCUUGUCUCAAUCGCUGUUACCUGCCAUAGUUGAACUUGCUGAGGAUAGGCAUUGGAGGGUUAGGUUAGCAAUCAUAGAGUAUAUUCCUUUACUGGCAAGUCAGCUGGGUGUAGGGUUUUUUGAUGAUAAGCUCGGCGCUCUUUGCAUGCAGUGGUUACAGGAUAAGGUUUACUCCAUCCGUGAUGCAGCUGCUAAUAAUUUGAAGCGACUUGCUGAAGAGUUUGGUCCUGAGUGGGCAAUGCAGCAUAUUGUCCCACAGGUUCUUGACAUGAUUAACAACCCACAUUAUUUGUAUCGAAUGACUGUUCUUCGUGCGGUCUCCCUUCUUGCCCCAGUUAUGGGCUCAGAAAUCACAUGCACAAAGCUUUUACCUGUGGUUAUCAGUUCUUCCAAGGACAGGGUUCCAAAUAUCAAGUUUAAUGUGGCGAAGGUGUUGCAGUCCCUCAUUCCCAUAGUUGACCAACCUGUGGUGGAGAAAACAAUCCGUCCUAGUCUAGUUGAACUCAGUGAGGAUCCAGAUGUAGAUGUUCGGUUCUUUGCUAACCAAGCUCUUCAAUCAAUCGAUCACGUGAUGAUGUCUAGUUAAAACAGAAUUCCAUCUCCAUCAUAAACAUCUUGUACGAAGUUGCUUUUGCAGAAGUUGCUAUUGUUUUAAGAAAGCGAAAAUAGCUGUAUGUUUCUUCUUCGUCCCGUUGGUUGUUGUAGUGCAGUUUCUAGCGUGCAGAGCAAGGCAUUCAAGACCUCUGGGUUUACUCAGUUGAUCAUUUGUGAGUGAUGAAAUAUCUCCAUUGAGUAGACACUUCACCAUAUGCUUUUUAUCAUUCUUGGCAUCCUAUAAUCUAAUAUUCUUUUUUCACUUUCUUUUUUUCUUUUCAACAAUUGACUCAGAAUUUGUUGGAUGUUAAACUGGGGGACGGCUAUGAAGUCUCCAUUUGUAUCUAUACUUUUUUUGGUUGCCAACCCUCGAAUAUCUACUGUAAUAGUUAUCAAUUUGUAUUAAUUGUAUUGACUUCUUCACCCCCAAUAUUCCCAAAA